AUGUCGUGGAAGAAGUCUGAGAGGUUGAUGGAUACCAUCAAGCACUACUCUGGCUUCCCUGCAACCGGCGUGAGCUUAAGACAGAUGGUCCAAUUCGGCGAGCGGCCAUCAACAGGAACCCUUUUUCGUGCCUCUCAAUUCUUGUCCGAAGAGCUGCCAAUACGACUCGCCCACAGAGUACAAGAGCUUGGAGAUCUGCCAGAUGGAUUGAAUGAGAUGCCAUCAAUAAAGAGAGUCCAAGACUGGUAUGCACAGUCUUUCGAGGAGAUAACAACACUCCCACGACCGCAACUUUCGAAAGAUGUACGAGACCGACUCAUGAAACCUUCUAAGCACCAUGGCAGAUCCUCCAAAAUCCUCACGGAAGCCACACAGAACCCGAGCGUAGAGAAAGGCCAGUACACCUCUUCGCCUUGGCAACAAAAUGGAAAUGGGAAUGGUAAUGGAGGAGACUCAAAGAAGGGAGCUGCAUCGGCAAGACGCUACUUUGCAACUGUGGAGGAUAGUACCGACUGGCCACCUGAGCUCCAUGACUACAAUCAAAGAUUUGCGGAUACCUUGAAUACCAUUAAACGGCGGCACGAUGGUGUUGUAACGACUGUUGCACAGGGUAUCUUGGAAUAUAAGCGCAAACGGCAACGCAUGCAGAUCGACAAUAACAUUCAAUCAUUUUUGGACCGGUUUUAUAUGUCACGAAUUGGGAUCCGAAUGUUGAUCGGACAGCAUAUCGCGUUGACGGAUCAGAGUCACAACAAAGACCCAACAUAUGUGGGAAUAAUUUGCACGAAGACCAAUGUUCGGGAUCUGGCCCAAGAAGCUAUUGAGAAUGCUCGAUUCGUUUGCGAAGACCACUAUGGACUAUUCGAUGCGCCUAAAGUCCAGCUCGUGUGCCCUCCAAAUCUCAACUUCAUGUACGUUCCAGGACAUCUAUCACACAUGCUCUUCGAGACAUUGAAGAACUCCCUGCGAGCGGUGGUCGAGACACAUGGACAAGACAAGGACGAAUUCCCAGUGACCAAAGUCGUGGUAGCAGAAGGAAAGGAAGACAUCACCAUCAAAAUCUCAGACGAAGGUGGUGGAAUUCCGCGCAGUGCCAUCCCUCUCGUCUGGACUUAUAUGUACACUACUGUGGAUACAACGCCUAGUUUAGAUCCGGAUUUUGAUAAAAGUGAUUUCAAAGCGCCUAUGGCUGGAUUCGGGUACGGGUUACCCAUAUCGAGACUGUAUGCGCGCUAUUUUGGAGGAGAUUUGAAGUUGAUCAGUAUGGAGGGCUACGGAACAGACGUAUAUCUUCAUCUUAACCGUCUGUCGAGUUCCUCGGAACCCCUGCAAUAA